GCAGCGCGAAUCCAAGAACCGUUACCUUCCACCUCGUGAAAUGCUUUCGGCGGCACGCAACCAAAACUCCACAGCCGAAGGCACUGCUUUGAUUAUUUUACAACCCACCACAGAAUCGCUUUCUGCUCCUCACAAAGCUAUUCUUUCCACCCCAAAACUGCUACUACUUUCAUCCAUUCAUCACCUGCUAUAUACCAUGUUUAUGUAGUCCCUCACCAUCUCCUUUUCUCUCACGCUCUGUACAAAACUAGCCAAAGAGACAAAAAAAAUAAAAAUGUCAUUCAAUGGCGCCGAUCGGAGAAGGACGUGCCGGCUCUACUGGUGCUACGAGUGCCGCCGCGCCCUCCGCAUCAUCUCCUUCCCCUCCUCCGACGUCUUCUGCCCCCGCUGCUACGGCCGCUUCCUCCACGAGAUCGACCACUUCCCCCCCUUUCCCCGCCCCCUCCGCCAGUUCCCCCCCGGCCCCCACUUCCACUCCGAUGACCUCCCCAGCGGUGGCGGCCGAUGGGUCAUCUUCGGAAACCCCUCCGACCGCUCCCCGCCUUCUCCUCCUCCGCCUCCUCGCCAACGCCUCUUUCUGUCGCCUCCGGUCCCAACGUCGCCGGUGAUGCGCCGCUCCGACGACAUCCCUCCGGCCGUCGACCCGGCGGACUACUUCACCGGCCCGAAUUUGAACACCCUCAUCGACGAGCUCACGCAGAACGACCGCCCCGGCCCCCCGCCCGCCGAGUCCGCGGCGAUCGCGGCGCUGCCGAGCGUGCUCAUCGCCGAGGCGCACCUGCGCGACGGCUCGCAGUGCCCGGUGUGCAAGGAGGAGUUCGAGCUCGGCGAGGAGGCGAGGGAGAUGCCGUGCAACCACGUGUACCACUCCGACUGCAUCGUCCCGUGGCUCAGGCUCCACAACUCGUGCCCCGUCUGCCGGUUCCAGCUCCCCGGCGGCGGCAGCAACAGCGACCGGCCGAGGGGAGCGAGAAGCGACGUCGAUUCGAACGAAAGCCGCAGCAGCGGCAGCGGCCGUGAACGGCGGUGGCCGGCCGGGAGGUGGAACCCCCUCGGCUUGCUGUGGCCGUUUUGGGACGCAUGGCCGAGGUGGGACGACGAGCGCGGCCGCAGAGACGAGGCCGAGGAUGAUCUCUACGGUGGCCCCGGCGCCUUUUAUUCCUGGUGGCGCUCUCUCUUUAUUCUCUAGCAGUUCUUAUGGUGGUGUCAUCAUUUUAACAGUAGAUGGGGGAAAGAAUGGAAUCGGCACCGAAUAUUUGUUCUCUGCAGGCUUUUGGAGCAUCAGAAAUUGUACGGUCACGAUUCGAUGUGAGGAAUCAAGAGACGAGAUAACAACGGUGGUGAUAUAUACGAUUUGGUGACAUGGUUAUAUGGCUUUAAGUUGUAAUCGAACAACAAUGUAACAGAAGAGUAGAUGUACACUUACAAGCUGAUACACCACCAUACAUAUGUCACAAGAGAUUAUUGCAUAUGUAAAUAUAAAAAUAAAGUGUUUAUACAUGAUAUCGAAUAAAAAUAUUGAGAACAUGACACAUGCAAAACGCAAAAUCAAAUAUUAGGAAGUGAAAAAUAAAUUAAACUGGUGUUUCAGUAGAAGUGACAGCUAGUGAAUGAUUUACUUUCCAUUCUAAGAAUAUAAAAAGUACAUUUUAAGGUA